AAAAGUGUUUUCACCUUGGAUAAAAGUCGUAUCCGUCGUCUUCUAUCAGUUUGACUGUUUCACUCACUCUAGGCUUUUCACAACUUCUGAUUUCAUCAUUUCAAGAAGACAUUCUGCAACUCCCUCGUCAUUUGUUAACCAAAGUGAACCGGUUUGAGCUUCCUCUUGGAAAAUUAGCAUUUCAAACGUUACAGGCUCGUCUCUGCCUUUUCAGCCCCAUUGGUCCCAGAGUGGGAAAGCAGCUGGUGACUCACCUCCUCGGGCAGUGAGGAGGAGCCACAGGGACGAGGCUGAGCAGCAUUUGCUCUGCGGCACUGAGGCAGAAUCAGUUCCAGACUCGGUGCCGACUCUCGCACAACAAGACAUAAAACCCCGGACGACUCGGAGAUCCCAAACACACAAGAGAAGACUGGAAGGAGGAUUGUUGAGACACUGUCUCAGGACUGAAAUAAGGGAGAGACAGGAGGUUGAAGAAACUUGUUUGGCAGGAUUUUUUUUUUUUUGUGUGUGUGUUGUUUGAAAGUGAUAUUUCCUCAUCGCUCUAGAGAAGAAUACUUUGCACCCUGCAUGUAGGACGGAGGUUUCUUCUUGCUCGACAGGUGCAUACAACCGUUCAAAUGGCAAACACCACCAACACACAGGACACUGAGAGUUGUAAAGCCACAAAGGAGAGUCUGUAUAUAUUCUAUGCGGCUGUCAUGAUUGUGAUUUUCAUCCUGGCCCUGCCUCUGAAUGCGUCCGUCCUCCACCUCUUCAUUUUCAAGCUGAAGUUCUGGAAAUCCAACAGCAACAACAUCUUCCUCUUCAACCUGGUGCUGGCUGACAUCCUCCUGCUCUUCUGUUUGCCCAUAAAGGCGCACAACUUCAUCCAGGGGUACCGGAGGAGCAACAACGACGUGGUGUGCAAAGCCAUGCUCUUCAUGUUGUUUUUAAACCGAGGGGCCAGCAUCGCCUUCCUCACCGUGACCUCCAUAGAUCGAUAUUUCAACGUUGUGCACCCCGGCCGGAAAAAUCUGCUGCGCGCCCUGAAGAAAUCUCCUCAGAUCUCGAUCCUUAUCUGGCUGCUGCUGCUGCCGCUCACCAUCCCCACCAUGCUCAAGAACUUCGAGUGCUGCAACAGCCUUGAUGAUAAAAUUGAAGUGGUGGACAUUUUGAGAGAGGUGGUCUUCUUCACUCAGAUCCUCAUCCCCUUCGUCGUCCUGGUCUACUGCACGGUGCGCAUCGUCAACCGGCUCAGGAAGAAGACCGUCGGCGAUACGACCAAGUUGAAGAGAGCCGUCUUCCUGGUGACCUCCGUCAUGGUGGUCUUCUCCAUCUGCUUCCUCCCCUGCACCAUAGCCAGGAUGCUGCUGCUCAUCGUCCGGGUCAGAACCAAGGGCAAUAAGCUGGAGGACGGCGCUGCCGUGGCGUUCGACGGCCUCAUGGUCCUCUCCUACAUGGAUUGUCUACUGGAUCCGCUGGUCUACUGCUUCUGUAGCACCAAGUUUAAAGGUCUUUAUCUCUCCAAUUAUUUCCCCUUCCUGGUGAAAGGAGAUCCGCUGCCGAUAGAAAGCUCAACAGGAAACACGCCGAAGCCGCAACGCAAUAACGUCAUUUGAAGUCGAUGGAACGCAGAGGAUGGACAGCUGCUGCAUGGUGUGUGGUUUCUUUCCAACAUGAGACUGACAAAAAAAUGACUUUAUGAAAGGGCGACGAAAGUAAACGCCAUUAAGACAAGACACGUGGUCGAUAUCUAAACGUCUGUUUUCUUAUGAUUCUUAAAAAGACAUGUACAGAGGUACACAACUGUCCAAAAUGCGUAGUGUUCAUAAACUGUAAAUAAAGAUGGGCGACAUGAUAGCUCCCCUCCUGAAGCCAGAGCGUCUUGAUCGCCCCCCGGUGGCUCGCUGCUGUAUGGCUAAUAAGCCCUGCCCCCCUAACUGUGGGUAACACCCCUUAGUGUGGGACUUGAGUCCUUCAGGGGGGACAUUGGGCCUCAGCUUCCUUUUUGUACAACGUGAGGAAGUGGAGACGCGUCGUCCAUCUUUAUUUAUCUAUGUUUUGUCCAUAUCAUAUUAAUGUUGGUGGAUUUUUCUUGAGGGAAACAUAAGGGUCUUUUAUUAAUACCUCCCAGCUAAAGUAUGCACAUCUGUUUCUUCCGUUUGGCUUGGACAAUGAAAUGAGCGGCCGAGUUACGACCAUGAGAGAUUCCUUCCGAGCGCAGGAAUCUUAUCUGUCAAAGCCGUCUGAGCUCCCACUGUGAAACAAGCCUCCGUGGUUUGGAUUGAGACUCGCUGAAUAAAACCAAACCACCACAAAGUGUUCCAAAACAAGCCCGAAAAAAAGAAGACGAGAGAAGAAGCGUUUUCUAUUAUAUUCACAAGCAUGAAUUCCUGGAUUUGUAAAAUCAGAUGCAUAUGUGGCCACUGUCUGUCCCCUAGUACAGAAGAGUUUACUAAAAAGGCCCCAUACAGGAAGCUGCUCAUUAAUAGGGAUUUAAUGAAUUGUACAACUGUUUAUACUGUGUAAAUAUAUAGAGACAGAUGGGUGUAUUAUGUUUAUACUGUAAAUAUGUUUCUUUUUUUAAGCAAGUUUAAAUAAACCAUCCCUCAUUAUGUUGGGAAGCUCUU